GGUGCGCCAAGCCCCUCUCAGCUAGGCGGGGCUGAACCUUAGCUCGCGAGAUUUUGCUGGUUCCGCAUUUUGGGUCUGCGAGGUGGGGGAGGCGGGCACAGCGGGCGCCGGGGUGUACACUGCCUGUUAGCGGCUCAGGCUCCAGCUCGGAACGGCGGCGGCCCGGCUUCCGCUGUCAGCGAGCUGAGGACCGUCCUCUCCUUCUCGCCGGCUCCGAAUCCUGACGGGGGUGGGGGCCAGCGGCCCCUCCCCUCCCCUCUGAGGACCGAAGAUGAGCUUCCUCUUCAGCAGCCGCUCUUCUAAAACAUUCAAACCAAAGAAGAAUAUCCCUGAAGGAUCUCAUCAGUAUGAACUCUUAAAACAUGCAGAAGCAACUCUAGGGAGUGGGAAUCUGAGACAAGCUGUUAUGUUGCCAGAAGGAGAGGACCUCAAUGAAUGGAUUGCUGUUAACACUGUGGAUUUCUUCAACCAGAUCAACAUGUUAUAUGGAACUAUUACUGAAUUCUGCACUGAAGCAAGCUGUCCAGUCAUGUCUGCAGGUCCAAGAUAUGAAUAUCAUUGGGCAGAUGGUACUAAUAUUAAAAAGCCAAUCAAAUGUUCCGCUCCAAAAUAUAUUGACUAUUUGAUGACUUGGGUUCAGGAUCAGCUUGAUGAUGAAACUCUUUUUCCUUCUAAGAUUGGUGUCCCAUUUCCCAGAAACUUUAUGUCUGUGGCAAAGACCAUUCUAAAGCGUCUGUUCAGGGUUUAUGCCCAUAUUUAUCAUCAGCACUUUGAUUCUGUGAUGCAGCUGCAAGAGGAGGCUCACCUCAACACCUCCUUUAAGCACUUUAUUUUCUUUGUUCAGGAGUUUAAUCUGAUUGAUAGGCGUGAGUUGGCACCUCUUCAGGAAUUAAUUGAGAAACUUGGAUCCAAAGACAGAUAAACGUUUCUUCCAGAACACAGUUAUCCUCUUGCUUCAUCUCCUGCUAGAGCUAUUUCAUUGCUAUCUGUUAUAGAUUAGUGAUAACAAACUUUAAGAAAACAGGAUAAAAAGGUACAUUGUCUACUGAUAAAAUUGUCCCAAAGGUAGGUUGGCCUAAUUGCUUCAGAGUGAGACCUUUAAGGACACAGCCAAAUCUGAGGCGCACUGUGUAACUACUCUGUUAUCGUCACAGAGUCAUACUUGGUUGUAAUAUGUGAUGACUAGCCUGUAGUAUAUGUUUACUUAUGAUUCUUUUACUCAAGAAAAUGAUUUGAGUCUGUUUCAGGUGAUGGCAUACUGGAUGUUAAGAAUUUCCACCAAUUAUUUAUUAAUAAGUUUCCAGAACAAAUUUCCUAAUAACAAAAUCAGAUCAAUUUUAUUUUAUUUUACAGAUAGAAAAGGUAUUUUCAAGACUCCUUAAGAUUUAGAAUGUUUGUGUAACUUUGGAUAACCUUUUAGUUUUAAGUUUGUAUGUUAGUGUUUUUAUGGAUAAGAUAUACAUAUAUUUUUUCAAAAUCCAUGAUUGCAGCUUAAAUCAUUAUAUGGCAUAUGUGGAAUGAGAGUAACCAAAGUUAUUUUUAAAGUGACUUUCACAUCUAUCUAAAUUAUUAGGAGUGUAUGUAUCAGAAGUAAUUUUUUUAUGGCUUCUAAAAAAUCUUACAGGUUUUUAUUUUGAAAGGCUUCAUUCAAGUUAAUUUAAUAUGGAGCUUUUGGCUGAGAAAAAGAAAACUUCCCCCCAAAUAUGACAAACUUAGGCCUCAAAGCCACUAUUUUCAUUCUUUUUUUUCCCCAGAGGCCUUGAAAUUCUGGAUAAGAGAAUGGAACAAAGUAUUGAGAGUCCUUGAUUAUUUUGUUUUCUUUUGUUAAAAAAUUAUUUCUAUGUUUUUAUUGUGAUUUAAGCCUUAGUUAAAAAUAGUGGAGAAAUGCACAAAUUUUAUCCAAAUAAGGAUAAGACUUAAGGAGAACCACAAUAAGAAACCUUGAAGGUUACACUUUGUAACACAGCUAAAGUUUUGGUGUGCUAUGUAUUCUUUAGAGAGAGAGUGUGUGUGUGUGUAUGUUUAUAGGAGACAAAAUGGGAGGAAUAAGUAAAAAAGUCUUGCUUCUGUUAAUAUUCAAAAGAUGGAUUAAGCUCACAUAAGGGCUUUAUCCUAUUUUAAUUGUUUUUGUAUCAAAACUUGAAAUUGUUCUAUUUCUAUUGUGAUAAAAGAAUCUUCCCCAUUAGUGAAGAAAACAUCUAUUUUUCAUUUGGUUCCUUGGAUUUAGUAAACUCUAGCUGGCCAUUUAAAUGUACUAAGGCACAAUAAGUGUACUAGAAGACUUGCCAGACUGGCAAAGCUUUAAGUUCAUGAACAUUCUGUGUUUCAGAGCUGUGGUUUUUGCAAAGUAUUCACCAACCUCCUUGAUGGCUUUGAUAAAGGUUAGGUUUGAUAAGAUUUUUGUUUUGUUUUAUUCCACUAGACCAUGAAGAAAAGAAUUGCUUAGAAACUGUACUUUUAAUAACUCAGUUUCAACAAAUUCUUAAAUAUAUACAUAAUUUUAAGAGAAAUAAAACAUUUAAUCUAAUUUAGGCUAAGCCCAUACAUAAGUGAGGAAUUAGAGUGGGAUAGUCACUUAUGAAAAAAGAGAAAAGCCCUCUAUGAAACAUUCCAAAAUUCAUGUUUUAAGCUUAUCCACAGGUCCAAAAUUCAGCCAUUUCUCUACAUUGAUCAUCUGUGAACAAGAAAGCAGAUUUCUAGAUGCCACCUAGAAUGUAACUGCCUCUCAACUUCAUACUGUUGGCUUUACUUUUUUUUUUUAAGUCUACAAGGAACAAAAUUAUGUUUCUCAACUAGGGUUGUACUUUUAUCAACAUUUCUAAUAUUUCAGAUAGCUUCAAACAAAAGAGUUCUCACUUUUCUCCAUUUAGUUUCAGUGAUGGAAAUCCUCCCUUUCCAAAUCCUCCCUAAGUUCCAGAAUGAACCAAAGAUGAUCAUAUUCUAGGACAGUAGUAAAGGCAGCUUAUAGAACAGGACAUAAAUCAAAAACCUGUUGCUAUUUUGAGGCUCAGAAUGUCCUUUUUUAAAAAAAUAAAACAUUAUCAGGUUCCCAAGCCAAUCUGAUAUAAGUAACAGUGCACCUAACAUUAGUGUUAAUAUUAUUUGUUUACUUCUAAGGCCAGGGAGUAGAGGGCAGGAGGAGAAUUGGAGGAAGGGGAGAGAAGAGAAAGUGGAUGGUGCCUUUCAGGCUGGAGGGCCAACCUUCGAUAAGAGUUUGAAGAACUCAAUCUUUUUGUUCGGUUUUGAUUUCUCUCCCCAUGCCCAGGAUCUGCUGUUCACAGCACUUUCUCCUUGCCCUCCUAAUCAGAAGUCAGCUCCUCUCAGUGUCUGCGCUCUGCUCCUCAUACAUGCUCACAAUCAUGGGAUGGAGAGUGCCAGCUAAAUUAGGCAGUUGAUCCUAUGGUGCUUUGAUUUUCAGGCGUUUUAAAAAACUUGGGCAAUGAUGUACAGAUUUUUGUUUAAAUAUUCAAACUUUCCUAAACUACACUUUUUGUAUUGGCAGCCAAAUAUAUCCUUUAUUCUUUUUCAGAUUGUGAAUAAAGUGAUUAUUAGAGGGCUGCCACCUAACAAAGUAUUUCCUUUCAUCUUAGAUUUGUAGAGCCCUAACUCAUGUAGUUGCUUACUUGAGAAAUGCAAAUCUGUACUCACCAUGAUUUUGAUAACAAAGUUUUUCGAGUAGUUCAGAGGCAAGAGAAACAAUCCUGGUGGUGAUACUAACUUUUGCAGAUGUUGUAGUUUUCUGAUUUUACUGUUGGCCGCCUUUCUGAGCAAUGAGAUUUUACUAGAAGUAGAGCUCAAACAUGAUAUCAUUACCUCAUAAGCUUUAACAAAUUGGGCCCAAAGAAUAUGAGUCCUAGAAAGUUCUUUCUAAGCAGCUCCAGUGAUGGCGCUGGUGCUACUGCUGCCUUGUCACAGAAGGCUGUCUUCUAUUAGUGUGAAACCCUGGCCUGAAAAAUGCCGGCCUGGACAACAAACAUUGAGCCCUUCAACAGGCAAAUUAUUUCCUCCUGAGAUCAUUUCAGUAAGUGGAUUUGGUUUCUACUAUUGUAGAAUUCUGGCAAAGAGGGAAGCAUUCAGUUUUGAUUCAGUAUUGUAAAAGGCUUUGGGGGACAAUACUCUGUGUGGUAGCAGUAAUUUUACUGAUGCAACUGUAUUGAAAUUCACUUCAUCUCUCAUUAUCAGAUUAUAUUCCAAACAAGUAUUCUGUAAAUCCAGAUGGAUUACCAGUUUGUUAUAGACUUAUUAUAGAACAACAUUCUGUUUGGUCUACAUCAAAAAUAGUUUGCAUAAGUUAGUCUUGGUUACCAUCUAAAAUAUUUUUAAAUGUUCUUUACAUAAAAAAUUUGUGUUGUAUUUUUAAACCUUUAGGGGCUUUAUCUAUUUUUCUAAGUCAGUUAACUGUACUUUUAAAAAAAAGUAUUUUGUAUCUACUUUUGUAACUUCAUCAGAAUAAAAUAUAUUGAAA